GCAAGGGGCAGAAGUAGAAGAAGGGGAAUAAGGGGAAUAAGGGGGGGAAGGGGAGGGGGAAAAGCAAGCUAAGGGGGAAAGGAGGAACUUACGCGGUCAUGUUCGGGCAACUGCGAUGUCGUCCGUUACACAUAAAUUUUGGAAUUUUGUUAAAUAUCGAGUCAUCUUCCAAAUCAUACCUUCGUGUCUGCUUCACAUCCUCGACCUGUGACACUGGAUUGACUGGAUUAAUCACCUGGUCAUGUACAAUCAACCUCCAAAAGACAGGCUGUGAUCUUGUCCACCUUCUCCGCUCGCGUCGUCAGCUACCGUCGUUAGACAACCUCCUAUAACCUUAUAGCAGCCAGAAAUCCAACGAUAGCCACUUGUUCUUUAUCUUAAUCACAACUUUUAACCUUUUCUUCCUCUUUCAUCUUACGAAUGAAACCUAAUUUCGUACUCGCAGAUCGGCCAUACUGAAACAAGCACAGUUUUAAAUCUACGUCACCAGCCGAAAGUCAAUCAAGAGGAGCAAAUGCUCUAUAUCUUUCUCCGGGACGCCCUAGCGGGUGCGAGCCGCGCGUUAGCCUCGAUAAUGUCGAUGGAGAAUCCCGCAGCUAUGCAAUACGACAACUCGACUCUCACCAUUACUUCUAUCGGCACUCCGGACCCCUUCGUAACCCUCUUCAGAGGCCGCUAUUACCUCACCUUCACUGCCGGAAAUAGAGUCGAGAUAUGGUCAUCCCGUAGCCUGGCUGACAUCGAGAGCUCUGCUGCUAGACAUAUAAUUUGGACUCCUCCACAGGGCACCGACCACUCCGCCGAUCUUUGGGCCCCCGAACUUCAUGCUCUGCAUGGCCGAUGGUACGUCUACUACGCCGCUGCGAACCCGGCUCAUGGGAACAAGAGCCACCGGAUGUAUGUUCUGGGAGGGCCACCGGCAUCCGAGGACCCUUGCCGGGGUCAGUGGGAAUUCCUAGGUCGUAUUAAUGAGAUGCCGGACCACUGGGCGAUCGACGGUACUGUAUUCGAGAUGAAUGGGCAUCUGUACUUUGUAUAUUCGGGUUGGCCUCUCGAUGACCCUGAUGAUUCGUCCGAUCUCAUACAGCAGCUGUAUAUUAUGAAACUUGAGGACCCGACGAGCGCUGCAAGUCCUGCCAUUGUCAUAUCCCGCCCGCAGCAUCCCUGGGAAAUUACACGCGAAGGUAACGGCACGGACCAUGGCAUCAAUGAGGGGCCGCAGUUCUUGAGCUCACCCGACGGAGGUAUCUCUUGGCAGGGUUUAGUCUACUCGUGUGCCGGUAGCUGGACCCAUGAAUACAAGAUGGGGUUAUUGCAGUAUAUAGGUGGUGACCCAUUAGAUCCUACUUCGUGGCGGAAAGGAGAAGAGCCGCUCGUCCAGACGCGAAGACAUGGUACCGGUCCCUUUGGGCCAGGCCAUGGGUCAUUCCUCAAUAUAGGUGGACAAGUUGUGGCUAUAUACCACGCGACCGAUAGUCCAACGGACGGGUGGGAGAACCGCAGGGCAAGGGCACAGAGGGUAGCGUUUACAGACGAGGGACCGUACAUGGGCCGAUCAUUUGGUAUGGAACCUCCCCGUCCAGAGAGCGGUAGCUUAGUCCGUCGCCUGAAGCAGAAAUUGGGAAUGGACGGCCGCGGCAAGCAGGAAUUGGCCAGCGAGAAGAGCCUAAAGACCCUGCUAGGGAACAGGGCGGCGUAUACUUAGAUAUAAGACAAAGACAGGAUCAAGUGUAAAAGGUAAGAUAGAUCGAGUGGAAGUAUAGGAUUGAAUUAUGUCUAUGUCAGGGUCCCGGUGGCAUGACGGAAUUGGGGCUUUUCUAUGUAUUACGAAAUAAAUAAGUUAUUUCUUGUCGUGGGUUGCUGAGAAUACGAAGGUAUGAGUUCUGUGUGUUAGAUAUAUAACUGUUGAGGCUACGGGAUCCGAGAUGCUUUUUUGCUUAUUGACUUGCUUGGUAUUUUAUAAUAUAGCUUAUAGAAGUAGAUUUACCCUUCGAGUUGUAAUAUUACCUGUAGGGAGGGCGCCCUAAGAUUGGGCCUUUCAUCUUUCUAAGAAGGAACUACAUAAGUACCUAAUACGACACCCUCGGCAAGGAGAGGUGGAAUAAUUUUAUAGCCACCAUAUUCGAGGUAUGGUUUUGGGGGGGGGGGUACAAGAAAAGUUAGACACUGGA